AUGGACAGUAGCUUGAACUUACCAUGGGAAUACACCACAUUAAUCAAUGAGCUCACUCAAGGGAUGGAAAAAGCCAAGCUGCUCCAUUUUCAUCUUUGCUCGUCUUCGCUCGACGAAGAGCAAGAACUACUGCUGCAGAGGAUAUUAUCGUCUUAUGAGAAGGCCCUGUCGAUUUUGAAAUGGAACGGGUCGCCAGCGGGGCAGACCCAAGUCCCGACACUAAUAUCGGGCGGGCCCGAGUCGUCAGUUUCGGGUCUUUCGGCUGAUGGGAGCCCGAGGAGCAGCGAUAAUUUGAAUAAGAACUCGAGGGGUCAUCAAGAACUUGCUGCAACAAAGAAGAGAAAGAUUCAGCCUAAGUGGACAGAGCAAGUGAGGAUCAACUCUGAGACUGGUCUUGAUGGGCCAAGUGAUGAUGGGUUUAGUUGGAGAAAAUAUGGGCAAAAGGACAUUUUAGGGGCCAAAUAUCCAAGAAGCUACUAUCGGUGCACUUACCGGCACGCCCAAAACUGUUGGGCCUCAAAGCAAGUCCAACGAUCGGACUCCGACCCGAACGUGUUUGAGGUCACGUACAAAGGGGCCCACACGUGCAGCAACCAGUCGGCCCAUCAAACACAGGAGCAACAUAGUAAGCAAACACUUUUGAGCUUCAAAGCUAACCUCCGAGUGACUACCGACAAUUCGGAGAACAACAAAAACGACAACAUUAUUAUUAACAACAAAUACGAGACGUCGCAACCUCAGUUUUCGUUCCCCACGAUGUACGAGGAAAUUUACGACUUACCCUUAGCCUCCCUAAUGGGAGAAGAAGAUCAUUUGGGCUCGCAGUCUAGUCUGUUUUUAUCUCCAGCAACAUCCGGCACGAGUUACUUUUCGCCCGUCGAGACUUAUCAAGUGCAAGGAUUUGGUGGUGGAGGUUAUAAUUAUCAAAAUCGAGAAUAUAAUAUUAACGAGAUCAUAUCGGCACAAGCUUCCACGACUAGUUCUCCGAUUGGAGGCAUGGAGUUUCAAGCUGACCAGUUCGGUUUGGCUCCGAAUUUCACAUCCAACUGCUCCGGAUAUUUAAUGUGA